AAAUAUGUCAUAUUUAACAAGCUGUACAGCAUAAUAAUAUUGUUUUAUCUAUAUUUAUUGCCAAAAUAUAUACAAUAGCUCCAGGCACACUGUGGAUUGACGAAGUAAUAUUAGCUUAAUGGCUGGUUUAUAAAGCUUGUGUGUAUCUCUCAUUCUAAUAGGAUACUAUUUUAAAUGUUAAAUGUGGAACACGAUGGAUGGACAAGGACCGGAGGCUUGGUAUGCAUCCUUGCCCAAAGUCACCAAAACUAUAAUAACAUCAAUGUUCAUUCUGACGUUGUUUACUACAUUUAAGAUCAUAUCUUUACAAAGUAUUGUACUUGAUUGGCAAAUUAUUCGUAAAACAUAUGGUGUACACCGAAUAUUAUUGGCAUGUCUAUAUGCAGGUCAGUUCUCAUUUAGGUGGGUUAUUCAAGCGUAUAUGUUCUCACAAUUCUCUACUACACUAGAGAGGAACCCAGUAUUCAGUAGUUCAGUCGGCUCGUAUCUAUAUUUCAUUUUGAUAGAGGUAGUGUUGAUCUGUCUGAUCAGCCUAAUCUUCUACUGGCCUUCAGGAUUCCCAUUUCUUAAUGAUGCGCUGAUGUUUUCAAUAUUAUACUACUGGUCAAAACGCGACAUGUGGAACUCGGUGUCGAUAUAUGUAUUCACGGUUAAAGCAUAUCAGUUGCCUUAUGCUAUGCUUUUUCUCAACUUCAUCAUGGGCGCUCCCAUGAUAAUUAACAUUAUCGGUAUGAUUGCCGGCCACAUAUAUUACCUUAUAAGGGAAGUUUUGCCAACUAUGGGAUACAAAAAUUACGUAUCGAAAACCCCUCACUGGAUAGACUACAUCGCCGGAAGACUUGAUGCGAUGUAUGAGUAUGCUGGCCUAAAUAUGGGACAGAGACCAUUCUCAGGACCUUAUAAUCUAUAUCGGCAAAGACCAAUACGUAUUCCAUUUACUGGUAGAGGUGUGCGUUUGGGUACACUGUGAUAUGUUUUAACUUAUAAAACCAGCGUACAUAACUUUCUAGGCCG